AUGUGGAGCCGCGGGCGGCGGCCCCUCGGCGGCCAGCCCGGGGCGUCCCGGCGGCCGCUGCCGCUGCUGCUGCUGCUGCUGCUGCCGUGCCCGGCGCGACCGGCGCACAUCAAGAAGGCGGGGGCCACGGCCACGGCCCCCGGGGCCCCCGCGGCCCCCGCGGCGCAGGAGCCCGCGGCCGGCUCGGGGCCCGAGAGCGCCGGCCCCUUCGGGCGCUACUACCACGAGGAGGAGCUGGGUGCGGAGCUGGCGGCGGCCGCGCGGCCGGGCCUGGGCCGCCUCUACAGCCUGGGCCGCUCGCUGGAGGGCCGGCCGCUGUGGGUGCUGCGCCUGACGGCGGGCCUCGGGGGCGCGGGCCAGGACCCGGCGACCGUCGGGCAGGACCCGGGGCCGCGCGUGCCCGGGCGGCCGCAGGUGAAGCUGGUGGGCAACAUGCACGGCGACGAGACGGUGUCGCGGCAGGUGCUCGUGUACCUGGCGCGGGAGCUGGCGGCGGGCUACGCGCGCGGGGACCCGCGCCUCGUGCGGCUGCUCAACACCACCGACGUGCACCUGCUGCCCAGCCUCAACCCCGACGGCUUCGAGCGCGCCCUGGAGGGCCGCUGCGACCCCGCGCCCGACGCCCGCGCCGGCCGCUACAACAGCCGCGGCCACGACCUCAACCGCAGCUUCCCCGACCAGUUUGGCACCGGCGAGCCCCCGGCGCUGGACGAGGUGCCCGAGGUGCGCGCGGUCAUGCAGUGGAUCCAGAGCAACAACUUUGUGCUUUCGGGAAACCUACAUGGCGGCUCUGUGGUGGCCAGCUACCCUUUUGAUGAUUCUCCUCAGCACAAGACCAGUGGAAUCUAUAGCAGAACUGAUGAUGAUGAAGUCUUUAAAUAUUUGGCUAGAUCCUAUGCCUCAAAACACCCAAUCAUGAAAACUGGGGAUCCCCGCUGCCCAUCAGACGAAGAUGAAACUUUCAAAGAUGGGAUCACUAACGGAGCCCAUUGGUAUGAUGUGGAAGGCGGCAUGCAGGAUUACAACUACAUGUGGUCCAACUGUUUCGAGAUCACUCUGGAGCUGUCCUGCUGCAAGUACCCGCCGGCCUCUCAGCUUCGCCAGGAAUGGGAGAACAACCGGGAAUCUCUGAUCACCUUUAUCGAGAAGGUCCACAUUGGGGUCAGCGGGUUUGUGAAGGACGCCACGUCCGGCUCGGGCCUGGAGAACGCCACCAUCUCGGUGGCUGGCAUCAACCACGACGUCACCAGCGGCAAAGGCGGCGACUUCUACAGGCUGCUCGUCCCCGGCACUUACAACGUCACGGCGGCCUCCGUCGGGUACAUGCCGAUGACGGUCAGUAACGUAGUGGUGCAAGAAGGCCCCGCCACGGAGGUGAACUUCCUGCUGCGGCCCACGGUGGUCAUCGCCGUGGAGCCCCAGACGGCAGCGCCCACCGUGGCUCCCGCUGCCGACACCCCUGAGACUUCCGCCUCCCACCAACCUAUCCAGCCCCAAGACUUUCACCACCACCAUUUCCCGGACAUGGAGAUUUUCUUGAGGAGGUUUGCCAACGAGUACCCCAACAUCACCCGUCUGUAUUCGUUGGGGAAAUCUGUCGAGUCAAGGGAGCUUUACGUCAUGGAGAUAUCCGACAACCCAGGUGUCCACGAACCAGGUGAACCAGAAUUUAAAUACAUUGGGAAUAUGCAUGGGAAUGAAGUUGUGGGCAGAGAGUUGCUGCUGAACCUCAUAGAAUUCCUUUGCAAAAACUUUGGGACGGACCCAGAAGUGACUGAAUUGGUCCGUAACACAAGGAUCCACCUGAUGCCCUCCAUGAACCCUGAUGGCUACGAGAAAUCUCUGGAAGGAGACUCCUUCAGCGUGGUCGGCCGAAACAACAGCAACAACUUCGAUCUGAACCGGAAUUUCCCAGACCAAUUCUUCCAGAUCACAGACCCCGUGCAGCCCGAGACCACGGCCGUCAUGAGCUGGCUGAAGACCUACCCAUUUGUGCUCUCCGCCAACCUGCAUGGAGGUUCUUUGGUCGUGAACUACCCCUAUGAUGAUGAUGAGCAAGGAGUUACCGCUUACAGCAAAUCUCCAGAUGAUGCCGUGUUCCAACAUCUGGCCCUUUCUUAUUCCAAGGAAAAUUCUGAGAUGUAUGAGGGUAACUCUUGCAAGGACCUGUAUCCUGAUGAGCAUUUUUCCCAUGGCAUAACCAAUGGAGCCAACUGGUACAAUGUCCCAGGUGGGAUGCAAGACUGGAAUUAUCUCAACACCAAUUGCUUUGAAGUGACAAUUGAAUUGAGUUGUAUCAAAUACCCUUAUGAGAAGGAUUUGCCCCAGUAUUGGGAGCAGAACCGUAGGUCUCUGAUCCAGUUCAUGAAGCAGGUCCAUCGCGGUGUCAGAGGAUUUGUCCUGGAUGCCACAGACGGUCGAGGCAUCCUAAACGCCACCAUCAGCGUGGCCGACAUCAACCAUCCGGUUACCUCCUACAAAAGCGGUGAUUACUGGCGCCUCCUGGUUCCGGGAACUUACAAAAUCACAGCUUCAGCGCGAGGAUACAAUCCCGUCACAAAGAACGUGACGGUGAAGGACGAGGGUGCGGUCCAGGUUAAUUUCACACUCGUGCGAUCCUCGUCAGAUUCCAGGAAUAAGUCGAACAAGAUGAAGGAGAUGAUGGCAGACAGCGGCACGAGUGACCCGACCACCAAGGAGUUCGAGACCUUGAUCAAGGACCUCUCGGCGGAGAAUGGCCUGGAGCGUCUCAUGCUCAGCUCUUCGCCCAACCUGGCCCUGUAUCGCUACCACUCCUACAAGGACCUGUCUGAGUUCUUGCGAGGACUCGUCAUGAACUAUCCCCACAUCACCAAUCUCACCAAUUUGGGUCAGAGCGCUGAAUUCCGUCAGAUCUGGUCCCUUGAAAUCUCCAAUAAGCCUAAUAUGUCUGAACCUGAGGAACCCAAGAUCCGAUUUGUGGCUGGAAUCCAUGGGAAUGCCCCUGUUGGGACAGAGCUGCUCCUGGCCCUGGCAGAAUUCCUCUGCCUCAAUUAUAAGAGGAACCCAGCUGUUACCAAGUUGAUUGACAGGACUAGAAUUGUGAUUGUGCCUUCUCUAAAUCCAGAUGGACGGGAGAGAGCGCAGGAGAAAGCCUGCACCUCCAAGAUAGGGCGCACGAACGCUCACGGCAAAGACCUGGACACAGAUUUCACCAGCAACGCCUCCCAGCCUGAGACCAAAGCCAUCAUUGAAAACUUGAUCCAGAAGCAGGACUUCAGUUUGUCCGUCGCUCUGGACGGGGGCUCUGUGCUGGUCACCUACCCCUACGACAAGCCCGUACAGACAGUGGAAAACAAAGAGACUCUGAGGCACCUGGCAUCUCUCUACGCCAACAAUCACCCGUCCAUGCACAUGGGACAGCCCAGCUGCCCAAAUAAAUCGGAUGAGAAUAUUCCUGGAGGAGUGAUUCGCGGGGCAGAAUGGCAUGGUCACAUGGGCAGCAUGAAGGAUUAUAGUGUCACUUAUGGCCACUGUCCCGAGAUCACUGUGUAUACUAGCUGCUGUUAUUUCCCUAGUGCUGGACAACUCCCUACCUUGUGGGCAGAGAACAAGAAAUCCCUUCUCAGCAUGCUGGUGGAGGUUCACAAGGGAGUUCAUGGAAUUGUCCGGGACAAGAGUGGAAAACCAGUCUCUAAAGCAAUCAUUGUUCUCAAUGAAGGCAUCAAGGUACACACGAAAGAGGGUGGCUAUUUCCAUGUGCUGUUAGCGCCCGGCUUCCAUAACAUCAACGCCAUAGCCGAUGGGUACCAGCAGCAGCAUUCUCAGGUCUUCGUGCACCAUGAUGCGGCCAGUUCAGUGAUCAUUGAGUUUGACACGGACAACCGGAUCUUUGGCUUGCCCAGGGAGCUUGUGGUGACCGUGGCAGGUGCCACCAUGUCGGCGCUGGUAUUGACGGCCUGCAUCAUCUGGUGCGUGUGCUCCAUCAAGUCCAACCGGCACAAGGAUGGCUUCCACCGGCUCCGGCAGCACCACGACGAUUAUGAGGACGAGAUCCGGCUGAUGUCCACAGGCUCCAAGAAGUCGCUGCUGAGCCAUGAGUUCCAGGACGAAACCGACACGGAAGAGGAGACGCUUUACUCCAGCAAGCAUUGAGCCGCGCUCUGCCGCCCGCGCAGGGGCCUCCCCACUUCUGGGAGGGGCUGCGCCCCUGCAGGCUGCCUCUGCCCUGCUUCUUCGGAGAGCUGUUAGGAAAGUUAACUUGCUUUAAAAAUGUGUAACCUCCAUGAAUACAGAAGACCUGGUCCUCCUUCAAUGCACUCUCAUCUUUUUUUGCCCUUUUUUUUUUUUUGGAUCUCUAUUUAUGCAUCAGGAUGGGGCAAGACACAUUCUCCCCCUCCCCUUUUUUUCCCCACCAAAACCCAGCUGUCUGGCUCGUUUAAUGGCAGCAUCGAGUUGACUGGUAGACGUUGCCUUUGCAUUGCAGGUGUUGGCUAGUGGCUUUAGCUUCUGCCCCUUUUUAACACAGCCCCUGAUUCCUUCCCCCUCCCCCCCCCCAACACAGGACUGCAGAGAUAGCUGUCAGCAGCAGAAGUAUGAAGCUUUAAAGCUCUAGGUUUCUUUCAACCUUCUGAGGAUUUUUUUUUCUUCUAGUUUAUUAAAAAAAAACUGGAGUUUCCUUUUAUUAUUUACAUGGAAUGGAGGCUAAAUUUUAAGCGAAAAAAGAAAAGGCUUUCUGGGACUUUUCUCUCUAUCUUAAAACUAAUUGGGAGCUGUCAUGCUAAACUUCAAAAUGGGAUUUUUCUACCUCUCUCAUUAGAUUUCACAAAGCUUAAUGUGCUGGCUUUCAGGGAGAAACCAGAAGGCCUCAGAGUAGAAGGUCCUAAUGAGACUUUGAGGAGAGGAGGAGGAGGAGGAGGAGGUAUAACAACGGAUAACUCCAUUGGCCUGCCUUGAACCUAGCUAAAAAGAAAGCCACAGGUGCUCUGCUGCAUUCGUCUGCCGAGCUUGGGCUUGCCCCACCAGGAGGGUGCUUGGCUUGUGAAUGUUUCCUAAACCAGGACCUUGGCUCUAUUAUGCUAGCUGUGUCGCUUCAUAUGGUCUGUCCAGCCUAGUGGCUGAUGACAUCUGGACGUAUUGAGGAGGGGCCUCCUCUUUUGCACAUUCUUAAUCCCUGUUUAAACCCAUGGCACCCACCCACAUGAUUCUUCAAACCAAGCAGCAUUGACGGCAUCAUGCUGUGAGCUGCUGAAUGUCCCCCCUCCUUCUCUUCUUCGUCCUCCUCUUUCUCCUCUUCCUCCUCCUCCUCCUCAUGGAGCUUGGCUGAUGUCACAGACUUGGGUCCUUGCAGAAACACGAGCUGCUCUUCCUAACAGCUCCCUCAAUAGCUGCUCUCCGAUUUAAUCCAUGUGAUACCCCGUGGGCAGCAUGGUCUUUAAAUACGGCCACUGCCCAUCAAGGGAACAGUAUUGGGAGAUGAAAUUAUUUCGUCCACAGAUGGUUGGGUUAUUCAGAAGAAAACUGUAUCAUGUUGAAUAUCAUGGUCAUGAAUUUGACAAGUGCAAGUCACAGUAAAGGGAUAACGAGAAUGUCAGAUGACCUUUCAGUGUCCUAAUGAUCAAGGGUUCAGAAUAACUUGUCUCUUCUGAUUGUAUUGAGCAUCCAUGUAUCAAGUCCUACAUUCUAGAGUCCUUCCUCUGAGUUAUUCAAUGCCAUCCAGUAACAUUCAGCAUGGCUCGGGUAUGGAAUACAUCCAGAGUAGCUCAUAAAAAUAGACUUGGCGAAGUAGGAUUCACCAUUGUGCCAUUUAAGCUGAUGAGGGUCAAUUUUAAACUGGGGUGGUUCAGAAUUAAGUUGUUCUGGCAGGCUUGGACGUGGGAAGCCUUUCUGGAAGAGGAGUUCAUGGGUGCCAAAGUAAUGGUUAUUAUAAUUUUUGUGGUUUAUAUUCCCUUCCCAUUAAUAAUUUAACAUUUCUUUGGGUACCAGACUCAUUUCAUCUGCAUUUUCAAAGUGCUUUACCAAGUAACCAACAACAAAACUUUUGAACUGAGUUUUUAAAGCAUUUUAACUUGAGUGGCAGGUUCCACUUGGGACAGUGCAGGUGGAAGGGAAAUACCAUUGGCCUGAGAUGAGAGAUGCCUCGUUCUUCACUCCCAAAGACUAAUGCUUUCUGUCAGAAGGUGACUUAAGAAUCAUUAUUUCUUCCUCAAACUCAAACAUUUUUAAAAUUGAAUUCACCAAGAGUGUAUGAAGCACCUACUAGGCCAUGAGCUAUUUUGGGUGCUGGGGAUAGAAAGAAAAAAAUAAGACAGCCCAGACCUGCCCUCUAGAAGUUUAUCUUGUAUUUUCAUCUUCCAGUCUUUGGGAAACAUAUUGAACAUAGACAGGGGAGUGGGAAUUCUUUUGGUCAUUUUUUUAAAAAGAAAACCAAAUUUUGCUCUGUGUCUUGAAUUAGGUAGGAAAAGUAGAGGCUUUUUCUGUCUUAAAAUGAGAAGUUUCUAAAAAUGCCAGUGUGCUGCAGAGCCUCAGUGUCCCUAGCUUGUGCCCCCAAUUCUUGUGAGUGUCCUGGAUGUGUGACUACUAGCCCUAAGGGUUCUCAGCUUUCUUUCAUGUCUCUGUGGAACCAAACUAGCCAUAUGAGGCCCAGCUGCCUGUAUCCUGGGGCCAGAGAGAAGAGGGGAUUAGCUCCCCUCUCUGUGCUUUAUCUCCGGGAGUCUCACAUCUGAGGAGUCAUGGAAACCCACAAGUGUACAGUAUUGAGAAAUGUUGCUCAGAUUCAACUUGUGCCUUGACUCCCAAGGCCUGGAGAGUCGGUUUUGUAUCCCUGCUCCUUAAUAAAAGGCAAUUUGACCUAUUA